AUGGCAAUCACAACCAACAAUCUCAAAGUAAUCUACGGUGGCGCUGCUUUCAACACCUCCUAUGGUUCAAACCCAGAAACUGUCACAGAGGUUCUCCAGUUCUUGCGGCGAGAAGGGAUUACCAGCAUUGACUCCGGUCAAGCAUAUGGGGACAGCGAGUCACUACUCGGACGAGCAAAGGCAGCUUCUCUUGGUUUCAGUCUCGAUACCAAGGUAGCUGGCGGACUAUGGCCUCAUGUUAACCACACCAAAGACGUUGUUAUCAAGGCUGGAGAAGACAGCGUCAAGGCCCUUGGGGUAGACCAAGUCGACGUUUACUACAUACAUGCACCAGACAGGAAAGUUCCAGUCAAGGAGACUCUGGAAGGCAUCAACGAGUUAUACAGAGCCGGCAAGUUCAAGCGCUUCGGUCUCUCCAACUUCAAUCCUGCAGAAACCGCAGAGGUAAUCCGCAUCGCCGAGGAGAACGCUUUUGUGCUGCCAACCGUCUACCAGGGCAAUUACAAUGCUGCCGGCCGCCUGGCGGAGAAGGAGCUUCUCCCUCUUCUCCGGAAGCACAACAUUGCUUUUUAUGCAUACUCGCCCAUCGCGGGAGGGUAUCUCACCAAGACCCCCGAAGACAUCAACAGCGGUAAAGGCCGGUUCAGUCGUGACCUCCCUGCCUUCGGUGCUAUGUACAACAGCCUAUACAACACCCCCAAGAAGCUCAGCUUUCUCACAGAGUUUGGGAAGAUAGCAAGCGAGAAUAGUAUCUCUCAGGCUGAACUCGGAUACCGGUGGGUGGCAUAUCACUCUGCUCUGACGCCUGAGAACGGAGAUGGCAUUAUUAUAGGCUCACGCCUUGGGGCUCAACUAACCAAUACGCUCAACUGGCUGAAGAAAGGACCGCUGAGCGCGGAAGCUGCCCAGAAGGUGAACGAUCUGUCCAAGAUCAUUGAAGGAGAGGAGAUCCUGGAUAACUGGAAUGAUUACAUUUCCAAGAAGCGGUGA